AUGUUAAAGUCAAAUCACAUGCUUAUGGUAAAAAAAUACUAUUACGAGGAUGAACAUGGUGAAUGGGUAGAAAUAACCCUAGUUGAAAGAGUUCCAGAUCUUCCCGAAUAUAAAGCGCUCAAAUAUGAGCCAGGUACCCUUGCGACGGAUAUAUCCAGUAUUGAAUAUAAUCUAAAGUUGGUUAAUGUUAGAGAGUCACUUGAUGAAUAUACAAGUGUAACAGUAUACUACUGGUCAGGGGAUAAGAUUUAUAACAACCCUUUGCUCCUGGAACUUAAUAAAAUUAACGAGGAAAAAUAUUAUUCUUAUGAUGGAAGUGAUUGGAAAGACGAAAGUAUAGUUUCUGCCAGUCUACUAGAUACCCUGAAUAAGCUUAAGAAGGUACACUUUCCAGAUACUGGACUUUCAACAGGAGCUAUAGCGGGAAUGGCAAUUGCAAGUGGAGGAAUAGCUGGAAGUACAGGUGGUGGAACAAUAGGAACAGGGCUUACUAGUCUCGGCAUUUGGAAGAAACUAAUACUACUUCUAAGACUCUCCCCUCUAGACUACUCUCUUGUUGGCAUACUGGAAUGCUAG